GCGGCCGGCCCGGCUGCCGCCGCGUCCAGGGAACAUGCAAUGCAGUGCAGUGUAGCGCAGUGGCCGCGCCUCGGCGCUGCUGGGGCAAGGCGGGCGUCUCUUUUCGGCUCUGUGUACAAACGCGCGGGCUGACCCUGAUUGGCUGAAGGGAGGCAAGAACGGCCGGGACGCGGGCUCGGGGGUCGCCAGAGUCGCCGCGGCUUCUCCCGCCUCCUGCUCCUCCUCGCCUCCUUCUCGCGUGUCUCUCGUGAGCGACUCACUGGCCAGCCGCUGCUGAAAGGGACUGUGGCGAGGGGCGCCUCCCGCUCCCUCAGCCGCCGCCGCUGCCGCUGCGCGCGACCCUCGCGCGGAAAAUGCUGCCUCCGCUCUUCGGAGCCCCGCUUGGAUAAUUCCUCCCCAUGUACUUGACCUCGCCGCCGCUCCUUAGGCCGGGUAAAGGAUGCUGCCCUGGCCGGUGGGGGGCUGUGACCAGGGGAUCCGCGCCCGCCCGCUCGCCUCCCGUCCCGGCCCUGGGGACUGCUGCCCCUGCCUCGGCUGCUAGCUCCUUCGGCGAGCGAUGACUUCGAAGCACCAGGCGGACUGGAUCCCUUACAGCGUUUUAGAUGAUGAGAGCAGCAAUCUCCGGCAACAAAAGCUUGACAGACAGAGAGCAUUACUUGAGCAGAAGCAGAAGAAAAAACGCCAGGAGCCACUGAUGGUUCAGUCCAAUGUGGACAGCCGGACAAGGGCGCGCAGAAUGAAACAGUCAGAAGAACAAGCACCAUUGGUUGAAUCUUACCUCAACAGCAACAGCAGCACCAUUUAUAAUGUACAGGAGCCUGAGCAAGAGGACGUAAAGGUGGUAGCAGAGUCACAAGCUCCAAAGUCAACUAAAAAAGCCAAGGCAGCCACAGGAGGCUGCCAAACUGGCAACAUCAGAAAGGAGAAAAAGGGGAAGCACAAAGGAAUUGAUGGUCCGGCCGCUUUUCAAGAUGAUGUACAGGAAGUAGGGAGCCAAGUUCAAAUACUUACUGUUGGAGAGGCUUGCCAAGAUGAGGAUGAUGGUGAGACAAUAGCUUCCAGUCAACAACAAGGGACACAGGACCUUAGACUGACAAUGCAGAAGAAAGGCAUUUCAAGUAGCAUGAACUUUGAUGAAGAGGAGGACGAGGAGGAUGAAGACAGCUCAAGUUCAUCACAGUUGAAUAGUAAUACACGACCAGGUUCUGCAACAAGCAAGAAAUCAAAUAAGGAGUCGGCCUCUGGGCCUAGCCCUUCGACAAACAACCCCGUCAUAGACGUAGACGACCUGGAGGUGUUUGCUGUGAGACCUGCUCCUCAGGGGGUUACUGUCAAAUGCCGAAUCACAAGGGACAAGAAGGGAAUGGACCGUGGAAUGUACCCUACUUACUACCUCCACCUGGAAAGGGAAGAUGGGAAAAAGGUAUUUUUGUUAGCUGGAAGAAAGCGAAAGAAGAGCAAAACCUCAAAUUACCUCAUCUCCAUUGACCCUACAGACCUGUCACGAGGAGGAGAGAGUUUCAUUGGAAAGCUAAGAUCAAAUCUUAUGGGGACUAAGUUUACAGUGUAUGAUAAUGGAGUAAACCCAAUGAAAACAACGUUGAGCUUGGAGGCAAGUAAUCUGCGUCAGGAGCUAGCUGCUAUUUGCUACGAAACAAAUGUUUUGGGGUUUAAAGGUCCUCGUAAGAUGAGUGUCAUCAUACCAGGGAUGAAUAUGGACCAUGAGAGAGUUUCCAUCAGGCCACGCAAUGAGCAUGAAACUCUCCUGGCAAGGUGGCAGAAUAAAAACACAGAAAGUGUCAUUGAGCUGCACAACAAAACUCCAGUCUGGAACGAUGACACCCAGUCUUACGUUUUAAAUUUCCACGGUCGCGUGACACAGGCCUCAGUGAAAAAUUUUCAAAUUAUUCACGAUAAUGAUCCUGACUAUAUUGUGAUGCAGUUUGGCCGUGUGGCAGAAGAUAUUUUCACUAUGGACUACAACUACCCAAUGUGUGCACUUCAAGCCUUUGCUAUUGCCCUGUCCAGUUUUGACAGCAAGCUGGCUUGUGAGUGAACUAGCUUACAUCCGAGUCUCACUACCGCCAGGACCACAUGCCACCAGAAGAAGGAGGAGUAAAGAGAUGUUCCAGGUUUUCUCUGGUGUCAUCACUGGUUUCAUGUUUUAACGGGGCAGGUAAAAUUUGCUUUUUUGAAGGACCAACCCUUUUGCUGGAGAGAAAAUAUUUUAAAAUUCAGGACUUUCAGGAAAUAUUUUUUUUCUCCAUCUAGUCUCUAUUUUUUUCUGGAAGGGGCAUCAGAGAUCUGUAAAUAGAAAUCCUAUCUUAUGUCCUCAGUUAUGUGAUGAAGAUGUGCCAUGAGGUACUGUAUCAUGGCUUAAAGUGAAAACACCAUCGAGAGUGGUGCUUUUUCUUCUUCUUUCCUAAAUCCAUGACAGCUACCGCAACACAAAUCUGGUUUUAGAUUUAAGAAGUAUUCAGAGGCUGUAAGCAUACCUCAAGAUCGCGUUAAAUUCCUUGAGAGCUUCACAUCACCCACUUUAGAAACAAGACCACGGGAAAGAUGCACUUUAAAAAAACACACACGCACCCAGAGAUGAAGGUAGCAUUUGGUCUCAAGGCCAAGACCAAACUUAAUUUGUUAUAUUGCUUACGUGGGAGGGGCCUGGUGAAUUUUUAGUCAUGAUGGGAGAUGGGCGAGAGAGAAACAGGAAGCACAAAUUAAUGUUGCACAAGUCACUUGUAAGCAAAGUUGUCAUUUUAUAGUCGUGUUUUAAUUUAAACCUUACUUUCAAAUGCAAAGUCAUUGUUAUUUUUCAAGGAGAGAAUCUGCACUCUUGCAAAAUUGCCAUAUGGAUGCUAGAAAUUAUGUUAUCUCAUAAGUCAUAUCUGGGGAACUUCCUGUUGUCAUCAAGAGCACACAUUCAGUUUGCAUGUAUGAUGCCUUGGGUUCAAUCUGUGGCACAUUCAGUAAACACAGAGUUGUGGGACCUCUGACCCACCAGGUUUUGCUUGAUUUCACCUCCCAAGCAUGGCCAAUGCUUGGGGAUGAGGGGGUUUGUAGUCCAGCAACACCCAGAGGUCUGCAGGUUCCACUUUUCUGAUCUUAAGAUUCUGAAGAGCUGGGCUGGAAGACUUGAAGAACUGCUGCUCAUGAACAUUGUCAAUAUUGAGCUGGCUAAAUUCAGGUCACCUCCAUAUGUUCUGUAUGGCACUCAGUUACUUGGAUGAAGACCUCUUCAGACAACUGCCUCUGUGGCAGCUGUUUAGAAGAUAAUGCAGCUAUUGCAAAAUGUUACGGUUACAAAAUAUGUCCUGCCCUUUUGAGGACAAAAUCUAGAAUUACCAUAUGCUAAACCUACAGUGACUGAUACUGUCCACGUAUCUGUUUUCAUAGCAAGGACUAUUAAGUUGCACAUUGAUGUGAAAAUACCACCCACCGAGACUGAGCCAGUUUGCUGUGCAAGUGUAUUUUAGGUUACACGCAAAAGUGGACAUGAAAAUUUGUGGUGGACAUGCAAAUUUAUUUUUUAAAGUGUCCCAGUUUUAAAUAUAUACUAUGCUGCCUUUUAAUUACUAGAUCAAAAUGUUUCAGAAGAGUACAGGCUGUUGAAUAUCCUAAUUUCUUGUAUUUUAAGUUCAGAAAAAGGUACUACAAAUUGAGCUGAAAGGAUGGUUCGCCACUUUGGUCCAGAUUCAGAGGGAGAAUGCAGGAAGGCAAAGCACACAGCUUGGGAGAAACCAAGGUGCCAUGCGAGUUGUAGGAAGACACUCUUUCUUGGCCAUAUCAAGAGAAGGCUGGGAAUAAACAGCUUCACCACCAGUACCAUACAAGGGUUACCGGGAUUCACUUGGGAUGUAUGUCAUGGUGUAGUGGGCAAGAAGUACUUCAAAAUCUCCCCUCCUAAGUCAAUACACAUUAGCAUUCUAUUAUUGGAUGACAACGAAGCAGGGACCAUGCCCCAAGAUGUUGAGAAACCCUAAUAUAAAGCCAGUUCACACAGCACAAGGAUUCACCCAACCCAGUGAAUUUCCAUUUUCUGUGGGAUGAUAGCCGAUUAUGAGAGUGGUGAAAUACUUUCAUGUGGCCAUGCAAUAUGCAAGGAAAGAGAUUUGCGGCAUCCCAGAUUAUGGAUUAGCUAAAAACCCACUGCAAAACUCUGCCAAGGAACUCUACAUAAAAAUCUGAUAGAAGAGCUUUAUGGCAGAAUCCAAAAGAGCCUUAUUCAACAUUCUUUUUUUUAUUUUAAAUAUUUAUAUGCCAGUCUUCACCCUAUUUAGGAUUUCAGGAGCAAUUAUAUCAUGAUACAUAUACAAUAAUAAAACAGUUAAAGGUGGCAAUGUUAGAAUGCCUAGGUAAAGAAUAACACAUUUGCCUGGCGCCAAAGAUUGCAAUAUAGGUGUCAAGCUAGCCUUUUUUUUAAAGAGAGGACAUGGCAUGAGAGAGGAAAAACUGCUGGAAAAAAAGCCUUUCUUUUGUUUGUUUUUUAUUUACAUGUAUUUAUAAACCACUUAAUAUUUAGAAAAAAAUCCAAAGUGGCAUACAAUUUUUUAAAAAAUACAACCUAAUUUCAAAAAUCCUCAUUGACCAGUGAAAUAAAAUAACUUGCUAA